AGGAUCGUGUCUCUCAAUACGGUGGAGAGCAGCCUCUCCUCGUGUCCCCCAAGGUGGUGGAAAGCGGGCCUCUCCUCGUGUCCCCCAAGGUGGUGGAGAGCGGGCCUCUCCUCGUGUCCCCCAAGGCGGUGGAGAGCGGGCCUCUCCUCGUGUCCCCCAAGGCGGUGGAGAGCGGGCCUCUCCUCGUGUCCCCCAAGGCGGUGGAGAGCGGGCCUCUCCUCGUGUCCCCCAAGGCGGUGGAGAGCGGGCCUCUCCUCGUGUCCC